CUUGUGAAGCAAUGCCAGGCCAUGCUGGAGGCAGGCAGGGUCUACUGCCAGACCAGCAAGAGCUUUGUCAACGGCCUCCGAGAGCUGGGACACCAGUGCUCUGGGGACAAGAUGAUGGAGGAGUGUCUGGACAAAUUUUCCAAAAAGCUGUCCAUCAUCUUUGACGCACAGGGGGAAGUGAUUGAGACCACACAGAAGUCAGUCAAGACAAAGCUGCAGACUUUUGUGAAAGAAGAUGUUCGUCGACUCAAGGAUGUGCGCAAGGAGUUUGAGCGAAGCAGUGAAACCUUGGAGGGGGCGCUGGGAAGAAACGCUCAGGCCCCACGGGGGAAGCAACAUGAAGUGGAGGAGGCCAGUAACGCUCUGCUCAAUGCACGCAAGGCCUUCAGGUCUGAGGCCUUGGACUACGUCCUGGAG